CUCAGGGCCUGCAACAAAGGUUGCUACCGUCGCGGGUAGAUGACGUCUUUGUUUGGUGGAGAGCACUGCGUUAAAGACAGGCGCUCGCAAUGGGGAAAAAACAUAAGAAGCACAAAGGGGAGAAAAAUGGAUAUGAGGGGAAAGGGGACGUGCGAGGAGCCGAAUAUGUAGAAAAGCCAUUAAAACUUGUACUGAAGGUUGGUACUGGAGAAGUGAAAGAGUUGUCAACAGCCCGUGCUGGAGCUCUGCUGCAGGGCUUUCAUGAGGAUAAGUCUGAUCAUGACAAACACAAAGAAAAGAAGAAGAAGAAAAAAAAGAAGACUGAAAAAGUUUUAGUACCUAAUGAGGAAAAGAAGAAGAAAAAGGAUGAUAAGAAGAAGAAAGAUCAAAAAAAAAAUCAACAUGAAAAUGCAGCAGAUAAAGAACAUAAGAUGCAUUCAUCAUUAGGUGGGGAUAUUCCUGCCAUAACUGUGCCAGAAUCUUCCCUUUCAAAGCCAGAAGAAGAGCAAACACCACUGCAAGAAGCACUAAAUCAGUUGGUUCGACAACUGCAGAGAAAAGAUCCUGGAGCUUUCUUUUCCUUUCCGGUCACAGAUUUCAUUGCUCCUGGUUACUCUUUGAUAAUUAAAAAUCCAAUGGAUUUCAGCACAAUGAAGGAAAAGAUUCGUAACUGUCAAUAUCGGUCAAUAGAGGAGUUUAAGGAAAACUUCAAGCAGAUAUGCCACAAUGCCAUGAUUUACAACAAACCCGGAACCAUAUAUUACAGAGCUGCAAAGAAACUGUUAAAUUCUGGAAUUAAAAUUUUAAGCCAGGAGAGAAUCCAGAGUUUAAAUCAGAGUAUAGAAUUCAUGUCUGAUCUGCAAAACAGUGGUAAGGAUAAAGACAAAUGGGAUCCACAAGUUAGUGGAGAUGGAACUUAUGAACCGCAUAAAGAUGAUUCAAUGGAUAAAGAUGAGGUGGCAGCUUUCAAAAGCCCUGUGAAAGAUCUAAAAAGAAAAGAAAAAGAUUUACAGGAAGACAAACAGAAGCCAAACGAAGGUGCAAUUGAGAAGGAACAAGAGCAAAUUGAACAGAUAAUCAGGGAGUCAUCUGGCAAGCUUUCAAAGAGAGUAGUAAAUAGCCAGUUUGAAUUUGAGAGAAGGAAGUUGGAUGGGACUACAACACUUGCACUGCUCAGUCCUGGAGACCUGUAUCCUGCUGAAGCUGGUCAUGGCAUCCUUGGAUCCACAACAAGACUGCAAGCGGGAGUAAAUUCACUCCAGGGGUUUAAAGAAGAUAAACGCAACAAGGUCACCCCAGUGUUAUAUUUGAAUUAUGGACCAUUCACAUCCUAUGCCCCAUGCUAUGACUCAACAUUUGCAAAUGUCAGCAAGGAUGACUCUGAUUUAAUCUACUCAACCUACGGAGAAGAGCCUAGCCUCCAUGGAACAUUCAGUAUCCAGGAGUUUUUGGAGAAAACACUUGAAAAACCUUAUGGGAUGGCAGACUGUAUACUUGAUGCAUUCACAGAUGGAGAGUACUCAAGAACAGAAAGAGAUGAGAGUAGAGCAGCGGUUAGUGAAUUUUCAGCAAGACAGGGACUCACCAAUGUACAAGACCAAUUUGCUUGCCUAAAGAAUGUGUUUGGUUUGGGACUAUUUGAUGAAGUCUUUGACUCGGAAGAAGCAGAAAGGUUUCAACGAAAGCUUGAUGAGACUACAAAGCUCCUGCAAGACUUACAGGAGGUUCAGAAUGAUCGCUUAAGUACAAAGCCUCCUCCAAAUAUGGUCUGUCUGCUGGCACCAUCUGCAAAGGAAAUCCAGAUUGCGGAGCGAGUAAAUGACAAUCUUAAGUUGCUAGCUCAGCAGGUACAGCCAGGGGAUAUUGUCAGCAUUCCUGGACUCCGAAAGGCAAUGGGGAUCACUCUUCCAUCUCUGAAUUCAGAAGAAGCCGAGGUUGACCUAACAGAUGCCAAUACAGAAGAAAAUACCAGUAUCCUCGAACGUGCAAGUGAUUGUCCCCUCCUGGGUACAUAAAGAAACUAUGAAGACCUGUAAAUACUGAUCAGUUGUUUAACUGUAAUAAAUUUCAGAAUGUGCUUUUUAUAAAAUUGAUUUUUAUUGCUUUCGCAAUGGAACAUAAAAACAAACAAAAGCUACAACAUAGAAAUGAAAAAUGACAUGCAGUUAUGCAGCAGGAAAACAAAACCUCAGGGACAAUUUUUAGUUACCAAUAAGAAGGUGUCUUACAAUUCCAUUUUUAUUUUAGCUAAUCUUUGGGGUAAUGUAUUGUAUUUUUGUAUCUGUUAAUGAAUAUAGGAAUUUUGAUUGAAUUAUUUCUUAAAUGAUUUCAUACAUUAAUAAACGUACAAUUUUUUAUAUAUACUGUAAAUGCUGCAGGCCAGAAAUCACUUUACUCUUUUUAUAUUGAAUUUCCAGUUUAGAAAAAAGUAAUUACAGUUUUUUUCAGUUAUAUCUUUUUUUCAAUUGUGCAGGGCAAACUGUUAAUCCAGUAAGUCAAAAUGAAUUAUAAGUGUUACAAAGGGUCCAGUUCUAACGUGUAAUACCUUAUGUUUGCUAAGUGAGUCAGCAUGGCAUUCUACGAUCAGACAAAGGUGCUUUCUAAACUGUACAAAAUAGGACACAACAAUUUAACAUUAAAGGGAUAAAACUUGCAGUUCUUACUGCUGCACAUUUUAAGGCUAUGAAGCACACACAGCUUCAUUUCCCAUGCAUAUUAACAUUAUCUAGACAUUAUGGUUUGGAACACCAGAGAUUAUCUUCUGAAAUUAAACCUGAGGUAGAACCCAGUGUCUCAAAUUCACCCUUGCCUAUAAAUUGUAAAUAGGUUUUAUAUAAAAAAUCAUAUGUAUACAAUUCAUGCAUUUACAAGUAAUAUAUACAAAUAUACCACAUCUUGUAAAAGUGUACACAGCACCGUAACUGUGAGGGGGGAGUUUUAAACGUAUUUAGUGUAUUCUCGGCAAGUGUUUUUCGGCUUGCUGUAAAUAUGCGCCAUACUAGUGUAGGCCUUAGCCUUAGAUUAGGCAAACAUGUUCCUAUAAAAGUGGAACCCUUCAUAAUCACUGUAAGGUGACACUGGCUCCUGCAAACAUAGUUUCACAGUUAUUUGUCAUUGGUCUAUAAGGGCAGCAAUGGGAUCACAGGAAAAAAAAAUAGAUGUUUAGUGUGUAGCCAAAAACAAAAGUGAAACAGCUGAUGAGUACUCACGUGGGGUCUGGGUGCACAUGAAGAAAUGGCAGACCCCACACAGGCAAAAAAAAAAACCCCUGCAACCUUUAUUUUAUGUAAACAUAAGACCAUGCAUUUUUUGCACCGGGCACUGAUUAUUAUGAUUAAUAUGCGCGACUGUGUGGAAUCUGUGAGUGUGUGCCAUAGGUAUAGCCUUUAUAACACACCAGAUAAAUGCGGACUAAACUAUUCAGCUAGUUAAGAAGGGGACUUUUCACUACUCAAAUUUUGGAUGAUGCCUGGUUUGAAAGGUGCUUCCUGAGAGCAAUGAUUAUUUAGUUUGUAUAUGCUAAGGGAAAUCAAGAAAAAUGGCAACCAUUUCUUUUUUUUUUUUUUUUUACAAAGUAAUUAUGUGCUGAUUUUUGCUGGCUAAUUGCUUCUCCAGUAGGUGCCAGGCCUGAUGCCCAUACUUUCCCUUUCCACUACUCUUUAUAACAGCUGAAACUUACUGGUGCUGUUUAGAAAGGCAUGCCCUCCCUACUGACAUCACAGAUGUCAGGGGUUGGACGUGGGUAAAUGAUCAUGGUGGAUAACGUCACUGAUGAUCUCUGUAAGGGGUGAUGGCAAAUAAGCAUCACUACUACAAUGCCUAUAAAAUGUAUUCACCCCCUUGGAUGCUUUCAUGUUUAUUGUCAUAAAAGAAAACAAAAAAUUGAAGACCAAAUAGUUGGUUAUAACAGGACAGAACGGACCAUUUAGUAUCUUGGUUUGGGAAGAAGAUUUGUUUAUUAUGCUAUAUUAACUUUUCUAGAAAAGCUAAUUGUAUUUUGUUUUUAUGUAUCUGCCUUUUUUCCUUGGGAGGGUACAGGGCACAACUAGCUCAAUAAAGAUCUAUGUUACUCCAUUUCUUGCAUCCUA